AUGAGGAAAUCCCGGCCCCCUGUCGCCUGGGAGGGCGUACGGGACGCCCUGGAGGAGGCGCCGCUGUGCCUGCAGCCGGACAAGGGCUCCGAGGACUGCCUCUACCUCAACGUCUUCGUGCCGGAGGAGGCGGCGGCGGCGGCCAACGCCUCCGGGGAGCUGCUGCCCGUGCUCGCCUGGAUACCAGGCGGCGGCUACCAACAUGGAGGGGCUUCGCUGGCUGGUUUCGGCCCAGACUUCUUCCUCGACCGCGGCAUCGUCGUCGUUACCAUGAACUACCGACUGUCCGCUCUGGGAUUCCUCAGUCUGGAAGACGAGGUGGUUCCCGGUAAUGCGGGUCUCAAAGAUCAGGUGAUGGCUCUGGAGUGGGUGCAGAAGAACAUCGCAGCCUUUGGAGGUGACCCCAGCAAGGUGACCAUCGGCGGUGAAAGUGCAGGAGGCUGCUCCACUUCACACCACCUGCUUUCCUCCAGGUCUGCAGGCCUGUUCCGCGGCGUGAUAAGCCAGAACGGGCAGGCGGUGGCCCCCUGGGGCAUCGCGCCCAGACCCCGCGAGAUGGCGCUGCGGCUGGCGGCGCUGCUCGGCGCGCCUACGCAGGACUCUGAGCAGCUGGUCGCCUUCCUCAGACAGCAGGACGCCCAGCUCUUCAUCAACCGCGACGACGAGCUCCUCACCGAGGAGGAAAAGUUUAAGAUAAACCACCUGCCAUUCAGUCCUGUCAUCGAGCCCGAAAUGGAGGACGCCAUCGUGACGGAGCAUCCGAUCAAAGUACUGAAGGAAGGCCGCUUCAACAGGGUUCCCGUGCUCACUGGCGGCACCUCUGGAGAGGGUGUGGGGUUCGUUGUGGACUAUGAAUGCACAACAGUAAAACAGAAAUCAUGGGGUGGUCGUGGAAACUGA